UUGCGCCUCAAGCUGGCAGCGGACCCCGGUCCCGGGCCCUCCGCCCGCACGCAGCUGCUUGGCCCGCGGCCCCGCGACUUCGUCACCAUCAGUCCCGUGCAGCCCGAGGAGCUGCGGCGCGCGGCGGCCACCCGGGUCACGGACACCACGCCAGUGAAGCGGCCCACGGAGCCCCGGUCAGAGACCAAGCCCAGCACCGAAUCCCCAAGGUGGCCCAUGCCUGUGAAGAAGCUGAGCUUGCCCUCAACCAAACCACAGCUUUCCAAGGAACAAGCUGCUGUGCUGAGGGUCGUCCUGAAAGGCCAGAGCAUUUUCUUCACAGGGAGUGCAGGGACAGGGAAGUCUUAUCUGUUGAAGCGUAUCCUGGGCUCCCUGCCUCCCACAGGCACUGUGGCCACUGCCAGCACUGGAGUGGCAGCCUGCCACAUCGGGGGUACUACCCUCCAUGCCUUUGCAGGCAUUGGCUCGGGCCAGGCUCCUCUGGCCCAGUGUGUGGCCCUGGCCCAGCGGCCAGGUGUGCGGCAGGGUUGGCUGAACUGUCAGCGGCUAGUCAUUGAUGAGAUCUCCAUGGUGGAGGCAGAUCUGUUUGACAAGCUGGAGGCCGUGGCCAGAGCUGUCCGGCAGCAGAACAAGCCAUUUGGAGGGAUCCAGCUGAUCAUCUGUGGGGACUUCCUGCAGCUGCCGCCCGUAACCAAAGGAUCCCAGCCCCCACAGUUCUGCUUCCAGGCCAAGAGCUGGAGGAGGUGUGUCCCAGUGAUCCUGGAGCUGACUGAGGUGUGGAGACAGGCAGACAAGACCUUCAUCUCUCUGCUGCAAGCUGUGCGGCUGGGCAGGUGCUCGGAUGAGGUCACCAGCCAGCUCCGGGCCACAGCUGCCCACAAAGUGGGGCGAGAUGGGAUUGUGGCCACAAGGCUCUGCACCCACCAGGAUGACGUGGCCCUUACCAACGAGAAGCGGCUGCAGGAGCUACCAGGUGAAAUACACAGCUUUGAGGCCAUGGACAGUGACCCUGAGCAGGCUCGGACCCUGGAUGCCCAGUGUCCCGUUAGCCAGCUCCUUCAGCUAAAGCUGGGGGCGCAGGUGAUGCUGGUGAAGAACUUGGCAGUGUCUCGGGGUCUAGUGAAUGGCGCCCGAGGGGUGGUAGUCGGGUUCGAGGCCGAGGGGAGAGGGCUGCCCCAGGUGCUGUUCCUGUGUGGAGUCACCGAGGUCAUCCGUGCUGACCGCUGGACGGUGCAGGCUACGGGGGGCCAGCUCCUCAGCCGGCAGCAGCUGCCCCUCCAGCUGGCCUGGGCGAUAUCCAUCCACAAGAGCCAGGGCAUGUCCCUGGACUGUGUGGAGAUCUCUCUGAGCCGUGUGUUUGCCAGUGGCCAGGCCUACGUGGCCCUUUCUCGGGCCCGCAGCUUGCAGGGCCUGCGUGUGCUGGACUUUGACCCUAUGGUAGUUCGCUGUGACCCCCGUGUGCUCAGCUUUUAUGCUACCCUGCGGCAGGACAGGGGCCUCAGCCUGGGGUCCCCAGAUGACAGUGAGGCAGCCUCAGACCAGGAGAACGUGGACCCGAACCUCUGAUCUGCAAAGAGAAGACAAAGGAUGGUCUUCACUCCUGCUCCCUAGUGGGCUGGCCCCAGGGUGCACCUGGGGGAGGGUAGUCAGUGUCCCUGUCUCCCUUCAUCAGGGGCUCUCAGCCUUCUGGCAGAGCUCAGGGGAGAGUGCUUCCCACUCAUUUGCCAGCUGUGCCUCAGUUUCUCCCCUUGCCCUGGGGGAGAUGCUUCCAGGGUCAGGAGUUGGGAAUGGGCCUGUGGUGGGGACUGGCGUUCUAGGACAGAGCUCUCUGCGAGGUGUCUGCCUCGGGGCCACACGCUUGUGAAUGGCGCUCCCUUUGGGCUGCAGGGGGGAGAGGUGGUGAAACAGGUGCUCCAAGAGCAGGAACAGACAGGCAGGGUCCUGGUGGAGGACUCAGGCAGAGUACAGGCCCCAAGCAGAGACGGGAACCUGGGGGCAUCUUCACAGCUAGACCCAGCCCAGCACUAGUCAGAACGAACCCCCUCCAGACCCCAACCUGAGAACACGCACUGCCUCUACCUGAGGCUGCUCUUUUGGGGAAGAAAUCAUGUGUUGGGGUAUUGAAAUAGAUGCUCUCAGACUGUAUUUAUUUAGGACAAAUAAACUCAUGAAUUGUGUGAGGACUGCGAGUUGUCUUCUGCUCUCCAAGAACCCCUGCCUGGGACACUGGCUGACCCUUUCCAAGGAGGCUCCUGCCCCUACCCACAUGCACAAGAGGUGUCUGUUACAAUGGCCGAGCUCACAGUGUGCAUCCUUAUGUGAGGUUUUGUUAAUAUCACUUGUAAUUUGGAAAAGCUGAGUUACCUGAGUGAGGCUGGUGACUCACAAUGAAAUGACAAGGUGAAUCGCCACCACCCAAAGUCAAACAAGGACACACACUAGAGACUCUAGAGAAUUCUCAUGGUGGGAAAUGGGCCUGUCACAGUGGCUAGAUGCUGGGGUCCUCGGUUGAAACUUUCUCAUUUCGUGCCUUGCUGGGGCUGCAGCUUGGAUCAGCAUAGCUUUGGUUCAUCAAAAAGCCUGAUGGAAACUGCUCAGGGGCC